AUGUUAACACUGGCUACUUCGAUGGUGCACGAGGCGGAGUCCCACAACGAGAAAGACAAAAGAGGGACUGAAAAGAGAAUGGAUCAACAGUCAUCUUGUUGUACUGAGUGUGGAUUCACAUCAAACGAUAUGAUUCUUUUCACGCAACACGUUGAACAACAUGAACGACAAAUGGUGAACACAGCCGGCAGUGAAUCAAAUGAGCAGAGCACCGAUUGGACUGAGGAGAAUGUCGAUUCCCCGACUUCAUCUCCACGCGAUUCCCUCUCGUCGAUGGGUGAACGAUCUCCACCAUUGAUACUGAAUGUUUCGGGAAAAGCUGAAAAGAGAGCCCACGUCUGCCCGCAUUGCAAUUUCACCACUUUCAUGUCGCAACAUAUGAAGAGUCAUUUGGAAGCUCACGAGCGUCACCAAGGCCAAAUGUAUCAGUGUGAUAUCUGCCAGAUGCAGUUCAGUCAAAAAGCGAAUAUGCAUCGGCAUAGAAUGAGACAUUCCGGUGUCAAACCAUACGAGUGUCGCUAUUGUAAGAAGCGAUUUUUCCGAAAAGAUCAGAUGCAAGAACACUCAAUGACGCACAUCAAAACGGGUGCCGAUUUCGACUGUCCCGUGCACGGAUGUCCAGCAGUUUUCACGCAACACUCAACUCUAAGAACUCAUCUAGAUGAAGCGCACAUCAUUUCCCCAUCAGCUCCUGCAAGCUGCAAAUUAUGCACAUUGCUCUUCUCGAAUUCGCGUCGUCUUCUCCUCCAUUAUCAGACAAAACACGAUGAUUCAGAGGCAUCGGCUAUGCUGAGAGCAGAGAUUAAAAGAGAACCGAGAAAGAAAAGAACACAUCAAACGAUUGGAGUGAUGGAGCACAAUCCCUCCCCGCCACAACACACAAUUUUGCCUACAGCUAACAUUAUGCAACCAAUCCCUCUUCUUCCAUCAGCUGCCGCAAUGGCUGCUGCUCUUCAAUCUCAUAUUCAACAACUUAAACAAGAAUAUGAGAGACCCUACCUCUCUAGUGAAGAGCUUCUCGUCGCUCUUUCUAACACAGCCGCUGUGCAACAAGCACUCUUAUCGGAUACAAAAGAAUCAGUGCUUCGAAUGUGGGCUGGUGAAUUGAGCGCGAGUGGGCUCUCAUCAUUACCCUCACCCACACCCCAAUCGCAUUCACCAUCUGUUGACAGUGGAGCCUCGUCUGGAGAAGGGACUGAAGAUUCCGCUACAAAAGAUGCAUUGGACUGUACCCAUUGCGGGAUUGUCUUCUUCGAUCGUACCCUUCAAUUACUUCACAAAGGACUCCACUCCGAGCACGAGCCAUGGCGUUGCAAUUUAUGCGGUCAUCUGUGUGCUGAUAAAUACAUGUUCACAACACAUAUCAUCUCUUCAAAUCAUGUAGCC